GACUGAAGAGUGCCUCGCCGGGAGGGAGGAAACGUGUGUUCAGUCAUCUUUUGCAACCGUCUCCUGGUGUCUUUAACCGAAAUAUUACGAGAAUAACGUUAAAAGGUUUGUCGUUGAUACGUCGGUUUUGUACUUAUAACGUCCGAGUGGCGCAACGCUGUAAACGCCGAGCUUAGGAUUUGUCGCCCGGCUGUAGCAGUACUUUAGUCUUGAGGAGAGUGGGGUCGCUAGGCAGUUGCCAAACGAAAGCAGGCAGUUGCUAACAAGUAGUUAGCAGCCAGUUAGCCUGCCAGCUAGCCAGCGCUCUCCCUGCUGCUUCAGCAAGUCCCACCCUCACCAAGUGCGUGGACGUCGUAAGAGGCUGCAGCGGUGAAGUCGAGUGCUUUCUCCUCUCAACUUAGCCAGCAUCGCUGUUCAGCUGGCUGGCAAGCUAAAAUAGCCCCCUAAACGUUAGCUAGGCGUCGCCAACGGCAAAUAGUUGGCUUUACCGUCGGACAAGUGUCUUCUGUGGAGGGAUACGGUCGCUACACUGGCAAAGAGACUGGCUAAAAAGAAGAGACGAAAUAAGAGAGAACAAGGAAGACACUGAGAAGGAGGGGACUGGCUAGUUUAGCCGGGGAGACAGAUUCUCACAUAGAUAGCAAACGCCACCACCGAGCUACACACAGCCAUGAGUAUUGAGAUCCCGGUGGGGUUGACAGAACUGCUGCAAGGCUACACUGUGGAGGUGCUGCGACAAAGGCCGACAGACCUGGUGGAUUUUGCAGUACAGUACUUCACCCGUUUGCGGGACACCAGAAGCCAGGAUGGGUCCGGCGCCGGAGGCAAGACGGGGAAAGGAGUGAUGUUUGAUGGGGAGCCGAUGCAAACAGAGUCCAAUGGAGAUGAUGAUGAAGAUGAUGAUUCUGACUUUGAGCCUCCACCACCCAGCAGAUUCAACCGGAGAGUGUCAGUGUGUGCGGAGGCGUUCAAUCCAGACGAGGACGACGAAGACUCGGAGCCCAGAGUGGUUCACCCAAAAACAGAUGAACAGCGCUGCAGACUCCAGGAGGCCUGCCGAGACAUCCUACUCUUCAAAACACUAGAUCAGGAGCAGUUCUCUGAGGUGCUGGACGCCAUGUUUGAGUUACGGGUUCAGCCCCAGGAGCACGUCAUUGACCAGGGAGACGAUGGAGACAACUUUUACGUCAUAGAGAGAGGGGUGUAUGACAUUAUGGUAUCGGGAACAACGGUGGGUCAGUAUAACAAUAAGGGCAGCUUCGGGGAGCUGGCACUCAUGUACAACACGCCACGCGCUGCCACCAUAGUCGCCACUCAGGAGGGGGCACUAUGGGGACUGGACCGUGCCACGUUUCGUAGACUCAUUGUGAAGAACAAUGCAAAGAAGAGGAGGAUGUAUGAAUCUUUCAUUGAGUCGGUGCCCUUACUCAAAUCAUUGGAGGCAACAGAGAGGAUGAAGAUAGUGGAUGUAUUAGGAGCCAAGCAGUUCCCCGAGGGUGAGCGCAUCAUAACACAGGGAGACAAGGCUGACUGCUUCUAUAUCGUAGAAUCUGGGGAGGUCAAGAUCAUGAUGAAGAGUAAAACGAAGGCGGACCAUGCAGACAAUGCGGAGGUGGAGAUAACGCGCUGUAGCAGGGGUCAGUACUUUGGGGAGCUGGCCUUGGUCACUAACAAGCCCCGGGCCGCCUCAGCCUACGCAGUGGGCAAUGUCAAGUGUGUGGUAAUAGACGUGCAGGCAUUUGAGCGGCUCCUUGGCUCUUGUAAGGAGAUCAUGAAGAGGAACAUCGCCCACUAUGAGGAGCAGCUGGUGGCCCUGUUCGGCUCCAGCAUGGACCUGAGAGACUGAGCCUCCCACACCACCCUCCGUGCCUUCUACUACUACUACUACUACCACACACACACACACACACACACACACACACACACACACACACACACACACACACACAAGCAGACAUGUUUCCCCUCUCACAUCAUGCAGUGGCUAUACAGACUCAUAACAAGCUUUACACAGAGUGUGCAAACACAUGAGAAAUUGUACUUGGCUCACCUGCAAAACAAUACAUGAAUGCCUACACAGUAUGAACACACUCACACACUUACAUUGACACACAUGCAGGCACUGAGAGACACCCACUUCACUUAGUCUGCUCAUCCUCGUGCACAUAAUACUUCACCACACUCCUUGAUAAGCUCACAGACAAACACACACACACACACACACACACAGAAAACUAAAGGCCACACAUCCCGUUGCUUGAGCCAGCUUCACCCUCUCAGUAUGAAUGUCCUUUCUGCAAUGACCUGAGUGUCCGCAGUGUAAGGACAUAGAAUACACGCACAGACUCCAUACACGUUUUAAAACACAUCAUCAUGCUCCAUAUGUGCAGGCUUUGCAUUCACAUGAGCACCUAAACAACUCAUUGUUGUUCCACCAAGCCUCAGCAAAGGGCACAUGGACAUGCAAAUACACACACAGGGGUACAGAUACAUACACUCAAAAACACAUAGGCAACCACACCUGCAAAACGGACACAUUGUGGUAAAAUGGAGACAAAAAAUUUUAAAAUCUCUGAAAAGGAAAAAUUAAUCAAAAAUGCAAAAAAAAGAGAGAAAAGUUUAAGGAAGACAUAAGUUUUAGAAACGUUUUAUGAAGAUAAAAAAAACAGAAGCUUUGAUAAAAUAUUAUUUAAAUAAAAAAAAGUGUUUCCUCUUUGGGAGGCCGGGGUGCAGAACUUUGUGAGCGCGCUCCAUUUCUUCCUCUACUGUUGUUGAUUGAGUUGAGUUAGUGCUGGUGAUUAUUGCAGUACCACAGAAGAAGCAGUGAAAACAAUAAAAACCCUACGUUUUCUGGGCCAUUGUUAUUCUAUCAUCGACGCCACACUUCAUUGUAUUGAAUUAAUUAUUAAUGUAUUGUUAUUAUAUAUUCAUUUUUUUUGUUUGUUUUACUUUGACCAAUUCUGAUAAAAAUUCAUCAUCCAUCUCUGACAAAAUGUAAAAACAAAAAAAAGUUCUAAGAAAAACAUUAGUGCUUAUUUCUCAUUGAUUAUUCUCGAAUGAGUUGUCCUGGAUAAAAAAAUUGAAAAAAAAAUAAAAAUAAAGCAAACAUUUUGUUAAAAAUCUUGCCUCCUUUCUGAAUUUCUACUCAAACUCUGAUAACAAGUGCAGAAUGUGGUUUAACUAUUAUUUGGCUGAUUCAGCCAUGUACCAUGUAGUACUACUACACACAUGCUCAGGAUGGACAAAAAUAACAAAUGCAUAACCUUGCAGUAUAAAAGCCUUAAGGUUAAGAUUUCACUUUAUUAGAAAAAAAAAGAAAUUUCUCAUGCAUCCUUCAACUGUUUAUGCAAACACAAAUAACUACUAGAAACCAGAGGUGGGACCAAGUUAGUGUUUUAAUCAGUCACAAGUAAAUCUCAAAUCUUUGUGCUCAAGUCCUAAACUUUGAUUUUUGAGUCGUAAACAAGUCAUAAUGCACUCUUCACCAAAUGCAAUGCAAUUUUAUAUUUAUUUAACAACUUCGUUAAAACAAGUGCAACUGAACUUUAUCAUAGAAACGUACUGCUGACGUGCUGUCAGCAUAUAGCGCUACUAAAAAAGUAUCACAACAGAAUGAACUUUGUAUGUUUUUGUCCUGUCAUGCUGAAUAAUGUGACUGUUGUGAAUAGUAAAUAGGGCACUUUGAUGUUGCAUAUGACACUGCAACAUACUUUUUAAUCUUUGGGUUUAGAGAAAGGUAUCAAGUAUUGUCCGGCCAAAAGGCUCAAGACCAUGUGAAGUCACAAGUUACUGGUCUUAAAUCCAAGUUGAGUUUCAAGAAUAUUUUAAUUUUGUCAAUUUGAGUCUAAAAUAAUUAAAUUUGUGACUGGAGGCUGCCUCGGGUCCAAGUUACGUGACUUGAAUAGACACCUCUGCUUGAAAUGCAUCAGACCUUGAGGUAAACAGAAAUAGUUAAGCACAAAACAUUCUGUAUUAACUGUCAGAGAUGAUGACUGAACCCAAUGAUGAUUGAAAUGCAACAGUUUGUGAUGUAAUAAAUCAAAUAUCCUGUUAA